GUCGUGUGGAUUUUGUCGUGGUGUGCGUGGAAUUGUCGUUUUCUCAGGCAAUGGGAGAAAAUUUUUGAGUAAAGUGGAAAAAGUGUGAAAAAUCAGCCUGUGAUUGUCGCAAAAUUGGACAAUUUGUGCGAAAACCAGUGCUUAGACACUCAAGUGGGACAAUGCACCAGUGAGUGUGCCACUGCGGCGUGUAAAUACUGCGGAAUUGUGGGUGAGAAAAAAAGGUGGUGGAAGAGAAAAGGUGCUGACGGACGUUGCCAUUUUUCCUUUUGCCAUCCGCAAAACGCCACAAGUUUUUUUUUCUCUCAAAUUACUACGGGGUGUGUGCAUUGAGUGUGGUUGGACGCGGGAGCUGUGGGGGCGCGCACACGUGAAGGGCGUGAAAAUUGGGGUUGCUGAGUGAUUGGUGCGGGGGACAGUGGUGUGUGCGGGCCCGGUGGGAGGGGGUCACACAGGGUUCGUCGCGAUUUCCAUCCAAGAACAUCCAAGAUGGCUCCGUCUCCAGAACUCGGCCAGCCAAAGGCACCCGAUAAAGGGGACUCCAGCACCGCGAGCACCUCCGCUACUGCCACGGACACACGGGGAGCAUCCCAGCAUGACGGCGGACCCACCAGGAACGGCGACACGGCCAAAUCUACGGCCCAGGACAGUGAGAAUUUUGAAAAUUACGAUGAUCGUCAACUGAAGGCUUUACUGGAUGAAGCCAUGACAUACAAGACACCAAAGGAUCGUGAGCACAAAAGUGAAGCAUUUAAGAUACUACUCGAAAAGGCGGAAAUUCAGGAGAAAACCCAGGAGAUGAACUACGAAUUUAGGGCGUCUCGUACAUCAGGUGGUUCCCUGCAGGACUUGGCCAAUCCGGCUGAUGUAGAUUUCUUUGGGAGUAGCAUGAACCACCAGCGGAAGCAUCAUAAUUCGCGUCAAAAGAAGUACAGUACGACGUCGUCGGUGUCAUCGCGUCAGCGUGAAGGUGGAAGUUUACCCAGCAAUGUCAAUGUGGCCACCAAUCAUCUGUUUCAGUACGAACCAACUCAGCCAUUUCUCAGUGAGGUGAAAAGUAAGCGCGGUGGCAGCCGGAAGGUCGAUAUUGUGAUGUACAGUACAUCGGAUAUGGUGGAGAAGCGUGAUCGUAAAAUUCACGGGGAUACCGCUGAUGUCCUACUCGUUGGACGUGAUCCAAAGCACAGGGUUGCCGAUGAUGUGCAACAUCUCGACCAUGACUCAGUGCAGAAUCACGGUGAUCCACUGAGUGGUGAUGACUAUGAGAAGAAUUCGCUGAAUAAGAUCCCUCGUGCGAGUUUCACAUCGCAGAAAAAUAUCGAUCUUGGCCAUCAUUCGACACAAGUUGACAAAGGGGUGGAAUUUUCAUCACUUGGCGAUGGAUGUGGCACAAAGAAUGUCGACAUGACCCCACUGCAGCUCAAUCCAGCCUAUAAGUCCGUCAAUAGUGUGGUUAAUCCCAGUGAUUCAGCCAAAUCAUCCGUUCAGGCUUCCCUCACGCACAGAAUUGCUGUGAAGCAGACCAGUCGGGAUAAAACGGACGAAAAUGGCAAUUCGGUGAAUUCAUUCAACACCACAGCAACAGUCACAGUACCCCAGACGUCAAAGACGAAGAAGAAAAUAUCAAAAUCCGAACGGAAUACAAUUACAAAGAAUUCCCAUGAUAUCGAUGGAUUUCGCGGGGGUGACAAUAUUGAUAUUCUUGUGCGUUUCAUUGAGAACACGGAGAAUACACGGAAGAAUGCAUUGAAGGCAAAGAGUAGUAGCAGUAGCAAUGGUGGUGGUAGCGGUGGGAGUGGCAAUAAUGGCGUCAUAGUUCCGGGUGAUCGUACAGUGAAGAAGGACAAGAAGGCGAAUGGAAAGAAGGAGAGUAGUAGUAAUAAGUUGAAGAAGAGUAAUUCAAUGGAUGAACUGAGUAGUAGCAGUAAGUUGGAGGAAAUUGCCCGGUCGGAGAAUGCGAGUAAUCAUGAGAAUGGUGGUGUUACGCUAAGGGCGAAGAAUACAAAGAAAGCUGCCUCGGAGACAACUCCCCUACUUGGUGGUAGUAGCCACAAAGGUGGGAAACGCGGUGAAAGGAGAUCCUGGGGCACGGAAGAGCUCUCCUACCUUGGGGAUCCCGAUGCAAUGGAAGUGCAGCAACCAAAGAAGGCAAAAAGCAAAGAUGCUGCAGCUGCUGCGGCUGCUACUGCUGCCACCCUAACAACGGGGAAUCUCAAGGGGAAGAAGGAUGAGCAGCAAUCACUUUCGGUGGAGAGUAUGUCGGCAACGUAUGAAAUGGCGGAAUUUCACGUGGUGACAAAGAAGAAGAAGCCGAAGAAGAGGCAAAAUAUCAUCGUGACCCCAUUUGAGGGGGAUACAAGGACGGUGGUGACACCAAAGGCGCCCGCACAGCGACAGGAUAGCUCGAGUGCCGGACAGAAUCGUGCCAAAGUUGUCUACAAUCAUCAAACGAGUAGCCAUUUCGCCAAUGAUCGCGAUGUUUAUGUCAAUGAUCGCCGUAAAUCCACCUCAUCGGUGCCACCGUCGGAGAAAUCAGACUCGAGUGACCUCGAUUCGGUGCACUCACUGCCCGUUGAAUCGUCCACAGGGCUCUCAUUGGGUCUCACAACGAUCCCCUCUGCUGCGUCAUCCUCAACACCACCCCAAGCUUCCUAUGCGGACAUUGCGAGGAUAGCAAAUAGCAACAGCAUUGAGCAGAGGUUCCAGCUGAAGGAUAAUUGGCCAGCAAUGCCACUUAGGCACACGAGUGGCAAUCAGCAGGAGACCAUGGAGACGGCAUCGACAAACAGCGGAAGCACAACGGCAAGCUACAAAAGUCAAAAUAGCGUCGUUCAUCGAUCUGUGCCAUCGACUGGGAGUAGUACAUCCCAGACGUCACCACCUGCCUCCAUGGUGGCUACUGCCACAGAUGCAGCAGCAGCAGCAGCAAGUGAUGACACCUCCUUUAGCCCACCGGAGGCUGCAAAGAAACCCGCUGCAACCGCAAUAAAUGGCAUAAUUGCACCGUACGUCGAGAGUGCGGUGAAAUUGUCAAAUAUUGCGGGUGGAGGUGUGCAAAAUAUGGCUGAUGUGAUUAAGAAUAGUAUGGAUAGGACGGGUAGUGAGCACAAGAAUCACCUGCAAAAGUCCAAGAGUGUUGAGAAUGAUUCGAGCACGUACUUUGGCAGUAUCGAUCACUAUCCGGCACUCGAGAAGACUGUCAAAUCGAAGGUACCACACCAUCACCAACACCAUGGCGCACAGCCGGUGGGUGGCAAAAAUGUUCCCAACGUCGAAAUGACGACGAAAAAAUCAAAAUCAAUCGUAUCAAGUACUAGUAGUGUUAGUUGUAAUAAUAACAAUCUUAGCAGUAGUGGUAGCAUUAAUUGUAGCGCUAAUGUAAGUCCAAAUUUGGCUGUGAAAGUGUCACCUGUUGAACAAUUGAAAUCACCGGCACUCGUUAGUAGUGUCAAUCGGUGCGAUGUGCCGCGAAAUGGUGGUGCAAGUGCGCAAGUUGCAGCAGCGGCAACCGUUGCACCACCAACGACGACGACGACGGUAAAUAAUAAUCCUGCGGCAUUGAAUGAGGAUGGCAAUGGGGGGAUGACAUCAUCACCUGGUGUGGUGAUGCCCACAAAGAGUCAUCGCGGGAAGAAAAAUGACCAAAAAUCCGGCCAUCAGGAGGAUGCGAAUGCGACAACGGCGAGACUUGGCGGCGGCUCGUCUACGUCGCGCCCGGCUGUGAUUAUUCUCAAUGACAAUGAUCGGUAUCAAUUGAACGAGGGUAUCACCUUUGGCUUUGACAUCAACAACCAACUCCUCUUUGGGGAUUUCAAUGAGAAUGAACUGCACCUCCUUGAGGCAUCGUCAACGUCGUCGUCGGUACCACCCACCCUUAAUUCGUGCGCCUCCUCCGUUACGUCAUCGGGGCAGACGGCCACCGAUACGGGGUACGCGUCGAAUGCGUCCACCGUGGCCUCAUCCGAGGGGCACGACACAACGCUGGAUACGAAUAAUUCGAGUGUUCAGUCCGCAAGUGAUGCCACUGUGUCGGAUCAGAAUUUCAAUCAUACUUUGGAUGAUUUUAUGCAAAUCGAUGAGAUGGAAAAGUGUUGCGAUCCAAUGCCAAUACUCAAGGCAUGUGUGAGUGUUCAAACAAGUAUGGAGCAUCUCUACAUUAAUGACGCUCAACCACCGUCGUCGUCGUCGUCGGUGGUGCGUCUCGAGGAGAGAGAUUCCUCUAUAAUUGCAUCAAUUCCUGCCCAAAUUGCAUUCACAGACAGUGAGAGCAACAACAACAUCAUCCAAAUGCUGAGCCCAUCUGCGAGAAUUUGCGGCAAGAAGCUCAAUGUACGUUACGUUGCACCCGCCGAAGAGGAGCUCAUUCUAACCACCUACAAUCACGACAAGAUUGUUAGUUUCGUCGGAUUAGCUUGGGAGAAUGUAGCUGGGAAUGAUGGCGUUAAGUACUACGACGGACAGUGAGGUCAGCCUGAUUAGAGGUACUAAAAAAAAAAUAUUAAUAUAAAUACAUUUAAAAUGAAAACUUUAAAAAUGUGGUGAGAAAAUAAGAACUUUUAUAGAGAGAGAGAAAAGUGGUGCAAAAGAGAUUAUUUCUCUGUGAAAGUAAAAAAAAAAGAUACAGUUUAAAAAAAAAAUAUAAUUUUGAAGACAAUUUUGAGCAUGUUGGAAACUCUUUAAAAAAAAAAUACUAAAAAAAAAUUGUGCGAAUAUUAAAAAAAAAAAAGAAGAAAAUGAUGAAAACUAAUUGGUUCUAUAGCUAUUAACACAAUAAUUAUGCAAAAGAAAAAUAUUUACCGAAAAAAAACAAAUUAAAACACUUUAACUAACAACGGAACAUUUAAAACAAAAUAUAAAAUAAAAACAAAAAUUAAUAAAUGUGUAUUGUACAUUAAAGAGAGAGAAAGAAAAGGAAAAUCUUAUACAUAGAAAGGGAAAGAGAGAGAAAAAAUGAAACUUGAUAGGAAAGAACAUAGCAAAUUAAAUAACGAUUAAUCGCUUUAGGUAGUUUACAAAUUGAAUGAUAAAAUGUGGAGUAACGACAAUUUUUCCCGCGGCUCUGAAUAAAAAAAAAAGGUUAAAAUAAACAGGAAUUUAGUGAAGAUGCAGAAGAUCUUAUCUUAAAAUGAAAAUAGAAUAAUAAUUCACGAAAAAUACUAAAUAGGUAACAAAAAAAAUCGGAAAAUUCUUAGAGAAGAAAAAAAGAGGAAAACCGCGCAGGGUAUCCAGAGAAAAUAUUCAGUUUAUUGUGACCAAAAACAUUCAAAACAUUUUGACUGUUAAAAAUAAUAAUAAAAAAAAAGUAAAAGACUCGCAGAUUUUGAGAAAAAAAAAUAUCCGAACGAUUUAUCAACUCUAGUUCUUUGAUUUGGUGAAAGCGUAGAUGUUGGUGAUCAAAAAAAUAUACUUAAAAAAAAGGGAAAUGGUGAAGAGAAUCCCGUCGUAAGUUAAAUCGCUGAAAAGCGUGGGCGUACAGGAGACGUAAAUAGGGAUUUAAAAAAAAAGUUAGAUGCGGUGUGCGAUGUAGAACAAGAAAAAAAUAAACAACGGGCAAUAAAAUAAUCGACAGUUGGAACUUUAAUUUUUUUUAAAGCAGAAAAUUCUUUAGCAAAAAUCAACCAUUUAAAAAAAAUAAAUUCUAGAAGAAAAGAAAAUGAUUAAGGAACAAAAAAUGGGACCUUUCGUGACAUUAUUUGUAAUACUGUAAAAUGUGUGAGUGUGAUAUAGUUCUCUUCAAUUUUAUCCUAGAAAGGAAAGAAAAGAAAAAGAGGCGAAAGGACGUGGGAGGAAAUUCUGUGGGAGAAUAUCGGAGAAAAAGGAACGAUUUAGUGUUUACACGGCUUAAAGCAGCGUUAAAAGAAAAGUCAUAAUUGUGUAAAUAAAAGAACGAACUUUGUAUAGGAAAAAAAAAAGAGGAAACCAAAAGAGAAAAGAAGAAAAGAAAAUCUCUGUACAAGGAGAAUGUUUUAACGAAUGCCAAUUGAGGAAACAGUUCACAAUUUACAGAAAUAGAAACAAAUAGAUGAAAAAAACGAAAACUAUUAAAAAAAACAAAAUUAAUCGAUGAUUUAUUUAACAAUGAGUAGUGGAUCAAAUUUUACAAGAAAACUCAAGAAAAUUGGCGUUAUUUUCUAAAGCCCAGAUGUGGACUUUCUGGGAUGAUUUAACGAACACAAUAAAAAGAAAUAUUUCAACAAAUUGUUGCUGCUUUAGUCCGUUUUAUUGAGGGAAGUGCUGAAGGGGUAAAUAACUAACAAACUCUGAUUUUCCAUUUUUUUUUGGGUGUUCUGAAAUUUUUUUAUUUGGAACUGAUAAAAUGGGUCGUAUUCAGCUACCAAAAAAUCCUUUAAAUUUCAAGAAUUUUCUUCUGAAAUUUCAAUGAUUUAAAAGAUUGUAUGGUGAAUAUUCGAAUUCGAAAAUAUUUAGAAAAUCAGGAGUAUUUAAAGCUUUUUAGGAGAUUCCUUUAAAGCAAACGCUAACGAGGUCAUAGUUGCAUUGGACCUAGGAUAUUUAUGUUCUAGAAUUUAACUAAUAAUCACAAAAAGACUUAAAACAAAAUUUUAGCCAUGCCCUCACGACAGCAAUAUUGACACAGAAUCUAACUAUUGGCCAAUAUGUACCAUUUUUUGCUUCGAAUUAAUGUUCUAUAGGCUCCUCUAGCCUGAUCGAAGUUAUCUACUCCUCCUUUUCCUUUAUUGUAAAAAUUCAUAAUUGAAGGUUGGGUGCGAUGGUAACUCUUUUCUUUUCUCUAGAAGAGAAUCGUUUGAUGGGUUUGAACGCCAAUUCUGUGUGAUUUUCUAUAUAAGUCAAAACGAUGACACAUGCAUUAUUCCUCCAUUAGAUAAGGAUUAUUCCAGAAGAGUUGUCUUGCAUGUAAGUCGAACUUUUAAGGCUAAACUAUAUCUUUUCUAAAAAACGCGUUUUCGUUGUUUUUUCUCACUCAAACCUUGUCAAAUUGUGUCGCGCUGUCACUGUCAAACAUGAAACGCGAUUGCUUUGAUUCAUAAACGUGUUUCUUGUUUGACAGUGACAGCGCAGAACAUUUUGACAAGGUGCGAGUGAGAAAAACGACGAAAACGCGUUUUUUUUUUUUUAGAAAAUGUUUGGUUUGGACUUUGAACUCCUUGGAUAUAUCUUUUAAUGACGCCACUUUCAGCCUGUUACCUCUGAUGGUUCCUAUUACUGAUAUUCCUGCCUUUUUGAAACUUUCAACCAAAUCUAUAGACGUAAAAUAAUUCAGAAUAAUCGAAUAUUCACAAAUAUUCGGAAUCUUUCAAAAAUUUCAAUACAUUCGAGAUUAAUUAAAAAGUUAUUCACCAUAUUAGAAAGAUUUUCAGUCUCACGUUUAAGAAGUUAUUUACCCCUUGGCGAGGAAUUCGUUUUUCAGCCAAUAAAUUCGUUCCUGUUUUGCAGUUUCAUGUUUUCCCAGAAUUCUAAUAAAGGAAAAUAAAUCAAAGUUAAUGAUAUUUGACACAAAUUCUGUGACUUUCAAUUUUAUUUCUUUUUCUCUUUUUUUUUUCUUUUUCUGUGUAUAAAUCAGGAGGAUUGAGGAGCGACCUUUCAUAGAAAGUUUACGUCUUCUUUCUCAAUAAAAAUGUUGAUUUUUUAUUUAAUUCUACAGGGGUAUUUUUCGAAAUAUUUGUUUUUUUUUUUUAUUUUUGUCUUUGUUUUAAUUUCGUUUUUGUGGAAUUUAUUUGAUAAAACUUUUACAGAGGAAAAGCAAAAUUCUUAAACGUCCAUUUGAUUUAAAAAUUGUUUUAUUCAUUUAUGAUUCUAAGAUUGCUUAUGGAGAUUUUAAGGAUUCUUUAAUUUUUAAUUUUUCACAUGCCUAAUUCUUAUUUGUUCUUAUCUUUUCUUAAACUAAAAAUAAUUUUGAAAGUCACUGCAAAUAUCAAAACGUUUUAAAAGAUUCAAAAAUAAAAUAAAGAACAAAAAUAAUAGAAAUGAAUUAAUUUCCUAAACAUUUAACAAGAAUAUUAAUCCAAUAAAUUGUGAAGAGUUACGACUAAAAAGUGAAAUUAAAAAAAAAUCUGUGCUGUUUGUAAAAAGUUAAAAUUAGGAGAUAAAUUGAGAUAAUAUAUUAAUUGCAUAUUGAUGAAAAUAAAACACGUUAUAGGGUAACAAAAGAAAAAGAAUUUUAAGAUAUAAAUAAUUCUUAAGAACAAUAGAUUAAAACAAAUUGUAUAGGAGAACAAGCUAAAAAUGAAAUGUGAAGAAAUAAAUUACAACGAAAGGAUUUCACACUCAUCGUCUUUUUUAGUGAGGAUGAAGAGCAUUAAAACAGAGUUUUUUAUUAUAUUAGAAUAUAUUGUAAAGCUUCUCUUAUAUCGUGUUGAAAAAAAGAGGAUUUUGUGAUGAUUUUUCGGUGUGAAGUCACUUCGUUGUGACAUUGAAUGAGUUUUUAGCUUGUGAGUAAAGAAAUAUCGAAACGUCUUUUUAAAAGAAGAAAAAAAUGUGAGAAAAGUUUGCAAAAAACUAAUAUCCCAAAAUUAAAUGGUAAAGAAAUAAGCAUGGAUUUGUAUUUAUUGCUAAAAAAAAAAAACCUACAAUUUACUGUGAAUACUAUCCCUAAAGACAAACGGAAACCCAGUGAAAAAAAUAAAACGAUAAAGAGUUUUUUUUUCAACACUCAAUGAGCCAAUCUUGAGUGGAGAAGAAUUAAAAAAAAAGAAAAACUUUUAUCAAGUAGAAUUAAGAGAAAUAAAUGAAUUAAUUUAUGAAAGAACUUUACGAAUGUUGAGUGUGAAAGUUUCAUUACUUUAUUAUUCUUUUAUUUUUUCAAAUAAUUUAUCUGUUAUUUAAAGAUAAAUCACCUUCAUUUUUGGAAGUCUACCGUGUCUGUGAAUGAAUGAAAAAAUACGUCGAUAAAAAUAAUAAUUAAAAUGUGAGAUAGUACGAAAAAAAAUCCAUUGAGUCAAAAAGAAAAAAAAACUUUGUCGUAAAAGUUUCUUCUUGUGCUAAACUUCCGAAAAAAAAUCUCCCAAUUUCCAGAAGAAGAAUUUGAGAAAAAAAAUCGAGCCACAUCUUAAUCCCUUAUCUCGUACUCCACUAAAAUAGCGAUAAAACUACACAAUAAUAAAAUUAAAAAAAAACACAAAUAUAUUUUUGUAUUGAAUUGUGGAAGUGAGUGAAAGAGAAAGUAAAAAAAAGGAUCAAUCCAAAUGUGAAAAUGUUUUAUGAAUGAGGAAAAUUCUAAUUUGCAGAACUUACGAAGAAAAUACUCCAAAAUUUUUUCAAGAAAACCAAAAUUUCUCAAUUUUCCUACCAAAAAUUUUGUUGAGAAAAUUUUUUAUUUUAAUUUUUGAAAAUUUCAGCAAUUUUGUUUUUAGAUAAAGUUCCUGCAAUAAUUAUUUUUUGAUUUUUCUCCCUCAUGAACGUGAAAGAAAAUUGUGAGAAAAAAAAGAAACAAGAAAUGAAAAUUUAAUAAGAAUAAUAAAAAUUUCAUUUCUUGUUUCUUUUUUGUAAUAAAAAUUAAUUAAAAUAAGAAUAUAAAAAUAGAAAAUAAAGAAGAAAAAAAGUAUAAUAAUGCGGUAAUAAAUGUAUAUUUUUAAUUUAUUUAAUAAAUAAAGAUAAAAAAGGAUAGAACUUAAACAAAAAAAUUAAUAAUAGACACAAUGUAAAAAGGAUUUAUAAAAUAGAAAGUGAGGGGAGGAGGGGAGAGAGAGAAAAUAUUUGAGGUAUAGAGAACUUACUGUAUACCAUCUUUUGCGCGCAAUGAUGCGCAAAGAAAUGAAAGAUAUUCUAGUGAUAGUGAAUGCGAGGAAUUUAAUGUGAAAAAAUGAACUGAUAUAUAACCAUGAAUGCGAGCCAGAGAAGGGUCACCCCUCGCCAGAGGGGGAGGAUUUUGCAAGAAAGCAGCUUCAGAUUCAGAUUCAGAUUUUUAUUUGAGGCGAAUGCGUAUAGUCGCUUUCAUCCCACUGCGACCUGAAAGGUCUAUUGUGGAAGGGUCCUCGGUUCUUUAUCAUCAUUAUCUGAUAUAUUGAGGAUCGAUAUUGCCCAAGCCGAACGACAGCUCGCGGCAAUUUCUUUCCUCAUUGAUCGGAAUCGAUCGCCAAAGGGUAGGCAAAUGUUUCCAUUCACCCUAUCACAGAAUCAACAAAGAGCGCUCAGAGGGUUAUCAUUUGUGAAACUGGAUUUGUGUACAGAUUGGAAAGUCAUCUAGGUGUUACUUUCGUUCUCCGUAUUUGAUGCAAGAGGGCCAUUGUUUUUUGUGGAUGAGAGUGCAUCAUCUCUUUCUCUCAAUCCAACAAUCUGACCAACGUGUACCACUACAACGUUAGCCAGGCAGGGGCAUUUUCAUCUCUGUUUUUCGGCGUUCGCUUCCGUGUGCCUGAGAGAGACAUACCCACAGCUGUGGAUAGUGAACACAGCGUGAAUACAGCAUGCCUUCUCGGCGAGCACAGUACGAUGUUUGCCUAUCGAGAUACAAACAUCCUAUCCCUUUACGGGCGGUACCGUCUGUAUUCGAACCAGAGACUCUAUGGACACAACUCGAGUGUUCUAUCCACUGCUCCCUGGGCCCUUUAAGAAAGCAGCUUAGAGAGGAAGAAUUUCAAUCAAUAAGAAAAAAGUCAAGGAAAGAUAUUGAGGAGAAAUUAAAGGGAAAAGUUGCUGAAAGAAUUGAGAAUUUUAUAUAAUUCUUAUCUUUGUAGGUUUUUGUUUGAAUAUUUUGAAAGUUUUUAAGCUUUUUUCAGGGAAUUGGAAGAUUUUCUAAAGCCCCUUUCAGAGCAUUUAAAUGAUUUAAUCAUCAAUUAAUCCUUUUAGGAAUAAAUUGACUUAUUUAACGGAUAGUCAGACGAUCUUCGUAGGUCUUUAACACUUCGAGGAUCGAGGUUUCUAACCUCAAAAGUUUGACCUUCAUUUUCUCUCAAAGGAAAAUAUUUUUCCAAGUUUUCUUUCGACGAUCUUGAAGUAAUGGAACUUGCCUACACACAGAUGUAGAAAUUAUCACGAUAUGUUAAAUAGAUUUUAAUUCUAUAGCGAUUAAAAAAAGUAGAUUUGACCACUUUGGCCUCCAAAAUCCUCCAUGGAUUAAUAAGCACAAGUCAAUUAGUUUUUUCAGUUUAAACAUUUUUAAAAAGUCAUCAAAAUCUGUUCUCUUAAUUUUCUUUUUAAAUUAGGUUACUUUGUGUCCCUGAUGAAGGUCUCUAGACUAAUCGAAAGCUUUGGAGAUAUUUCUUACUUUUAUCUGCCGAGAUUCUCUGUUUUAUCAUUACCGAAGAAAGUCCGUUAAAUAACCGACGUGGAAGUUUCUUUAACACUACAAUUUUAUCCCUUUUCUGAUCACUAUCAAAGAAAAAUUAGAAUGAUCAAUGAAAGAUAAGUGAAAAAACAAAGAAAACUGUCAAAGAAAAGAUCGAUUUUUUAGUCUUUCAAGCGACGUGUUGACUAAUUUAGCUACUUUCUUCAGGCUCUUCAGACCCUGAAAAUUAAGGAAUAAGUUUUUUUUGGAAUAAAAUUUUUCAAACUAACAUACAAAAUAAGUAAAAUGUCUUUCAAUCAAAUGAUUCUUCACAGUAUCAGUAACUUUUCCGGAAUUUUCUUUGAAUUUUUUGCCCAUUUAGAACAUUUUCUAAAUCUUCUUUCUUUGCUGCUUUCUCGCAAAACCCAAACCCUAUGAAAUAUGUAUAAAAAAAACUGCUAAAUAAUCAUGUAUUUAAAAAAAAAUGAGAGAAGAAAACGAGACAUUUGAUAAGACAACCACCCCCCAGAGUUUGUGUUAAAUAUGUUACAGAGAGAGAGAGAGAGAGAGAGACAGAGGAGAUGCAGAGGGGCAAUUGAGCGGGCUAUUUAACCAUUUUUAGCAAAGAAAAAAAUCACACAAAAACAAACUCAUGAAUCAUAUUAUUUUAUUUUCUCUUUUUUUUUCAUUUUGCCAUCCAUCGUGAGGCAGACUAUAAAAGAAAUGAAAAAAAAAAACUAUUUUAUAAAUAAAAAAAAAAUAGAGGACACCGCCAGAAGUGUUUAUGUGCGCUUAAACGUUGAAAGAAUGCGAGUAAAGGUGCACAGAAAUUUGUGGGGAAAACUUUCCAAAAAAAACUGCAAAAAUCGUGAAGAAAUAUAAUUGAGAGUGUUGAGAGAGCGAGAGCAAACUAAGUCAUAAACGUAACAUAAUGUAAUUAAUUGUAAUAAAUUUUAGGCUUCUGCUAUAAACAAAAAAACAUUGUGAAAAAACAACCAAUUUUGAUGAAAAAGAAAACAAGAAAUCCUCCAAAAGGAUACUGAAAAUGAUUUAAGAAAAAAACAAAGAGUUCCAACCACAAGUUUUAUAAUUUUUUCUCAAAAUGGCGACGAAUUUAUGUUUUGUACAUAAUUUUUUUUCUAUGUUUUAUUUCCCACUUUUCCAAAAAGAAAAAUCCAGAAGCUUUGAAAAAAAAAUGAAAGCAUUUUCACAUUAAUUUAUUUUUAAUGAAAAUGUUUUUGCAUUGAAAUUCCUUACCAAAAAGAAAAAGAAAAUUCUUUAAAACAAUAUUAAAGAAAAGCAUAUAAAAAAACUUUUGGAUUAAAAACACAUAACACUGCAAUGAGCAAUAUUAAUUGUUGUUGAAAAAGAAAAGUUUUAACAUGAAAAAUAAACUGCAAGAGAAUCUUCCGCAGUGAUGUGAAAAUUCUCACGUGAAAUUAAAAUUCUUUUUACUGGAAAGACGAAGAACUGUCGAAUGAUGAUGAAAAAAAGGACUAAUUUGGAAAGAUUUGAAAAAAAUGUGAGCUGAGAGAAUUUUUGUGAGAAGGAUAGAAAGAGAGAGAGAGAGAAAUCAUUUUAAAGAAGUGUUAAGAAGGAAUAAUUUUCUCAGUUUUACUAAUGAAUCCAUUACUGUAAAUUCUUUACAUUACAUACAUAAUGAAUGUAACAAAAAAAUAAUAUAUAAAAUAUUAUUGAAAGCUAUGAUGAA